AUGAAAGUUCUGUGUGUUGCUGAGAAACCGGCCAUUGCGAAAGCGGUUGCGUUUAUUCUCGGUGGGGGUCGCGUGUCCACACGCGAGACGAAAGUGGGGUGGAUCAAGAACUACGACUUCGACUUCGACUUCCCCCAGUUUGGCAGUUGUCAGGUCACCAUGACCGCCGUCACAGGCCACAUCACCACGAUCGACUUCCCCGAAAACUACGGGUGGGGAAAGUGCGACAACGCAAGCCUGUUCACGGCCCCGCUGCUCACCAAGUACAACGGCAAGAACUCUACAAACAUCGCCAAGAACAUCACCGACGAAGCGGCCCGCAGCAACGUGCUCAUGAUCUGGACCGACUGCGAUCGCGAGGGAGAGUUUAUUGGAUACGAGAUUAUGGAGCAGGCGCGCAAAAGAAACCCAAACAUCGGCCUCGACACCACCCACCGAGCGCACUUUUCGCACCUCGAGCGGUCGCACGUGAUCCACGCCGCGUGCAACACCACGCGGCUCGACUCCAAGGCCAUCGACGCGGUGAUGACCCGCAUGGAGCUGGACCUGCGCACAGGCUCGAGCUUCACCCGGUUUCUGACCGACCUGUUCCGCAAAUCGCUCAAGCUCGACGGCGUGGUGUCCUAUGGUGGCUGCCAGUUCCCAACGCUGGGGUUUGUGGUGGACCGCUACAAGCGCAUCAAAAGCUUCAAGCCCGAGGAAUUCUGGUACCUCAACCUUAGCAUCAAAAAGAAGUCCGAUCGCUCAAAGACAGGAACCUCUGUCACCUGGUCCAGAGGCCAUUUGUUCGAUAGACUCGCCGGACUCUCAAUCUACCAGCGUUGUCUCGAAAUGGACGCAGAGGAAGCAACAGUGGUAUCUGUGGAAACCAAGCCAACGUCCAAUUGGGCUCCGUUGCCGCUCACCACUGUCGAGAUGCAAAAAGAUUGUGCCCGGAUCUUCAAGUUCAGUGCCAAACAGACACUCGCAAUUGCUGAGAAGCUGUACAACUCGGGAUUUAUAUCCUAUCCGAGAACCGAAACAGACAGGUUCCCGCGCAAAAUGGAGCUCAAGAAGCUGAUCGAGAAACAGCAGCAGUCGUCAAGUUGGGGCCAAUACGCCUCAUCUUUGCUGAACGAUCCAACAAAGUACAGACAGCCCCGUGAAGGUUCCCACGACGACAAGGCGCAUCCUCCUAUCCACCCUGUCAUCUUCACAAGUGGCGACUCGCUCAACAUGAACGAGCGCAAAGUGUACGAGUACAUUGUGCGGCGGUUUCUGGCGUGCUGCUCCAAAGACGCUACCGGUCUCAGAACUAGCAUCAAACUCAAAUGGGGCACAGAAUCGUUCUCAACUUCUGGACUGGUAGUCAAAGAACUCAACUACCUGGAGGUGUAUAUCUACAACUCGUGGGAGUCGUCCAAAACCAAAAUUCCAGAGGUAAAUCCUGGAGAAAAAGUCACCUUGACUUCGGCACAGCUCUCGAGCGGGAAAACGUCCGCACCAAGUCCUCUUACGGAGCCAGAGCUGAUUGCAUUGAUGGACGUCAACGGGAUCGGCACAGAUGCCACUAUUGCAGAACAUAUUGAGAAAAUCAUUGAGCGUUCAUAUGUGACCAAAGAAGACCAAGGUCGCGGGAAAAGCAAGACAAAAGUUCUGAUUCCAACAGAGUUGGGAUAUGCACUGGCGGAAGGCUUUGGCCAGAUCGGAUUCGACAGUAUGUCGCUGACCAAACCGUUUUUGCGCAAAAACCUCGAAGUCAAACUGAAAGCCAUCUGCGACGGAGAGUCCAGCAAAGAACAAGUGUUGCACGAGAUUGGGUCCAUGUACCGCGAAGCAUAUGCUCUCACCAGUCGCAGCCCGCGAAUCCUGACCGAAAGCUAUCAGAAAGUGUUGGCGAGUAAUGCCUAG